CCAGAAACCCCGGGGAAUGCCUGAGAAAGCGAAGCAAAUAGUUACAUCUGCCCAGACGGGAAGACAUGAAGCGACUCUGCUGGGUGUAGCAGACUCCACACUUGAGUGACAUUCCCUGCCGGAGCACAGGAGGAAGCCAGGAGCAUGUGUGAUUUGAUGAAGAACUUGGUUCAGAAGUUGCUGAAGUUUUUAUAGAGGCUGAGGGCUCCGCGUCAGGCCUUGGUUCUUCUUAAAAGGCGCUGCCGGGUGGCCUUCAUUAUAAUCUUCACGUAGACCUGCCAUGGAUGAGACACGGGAACCUCUAGCCUUGACUGUGCAUCUUCUCGCUGACACUGGGAACGGCUUGCUUCUGCAGCAGGCUCUGGACCAACUCCUGGAUUGUAUCUGCCCAGAGGUGCGUCUCUUCCAGGUGUCUGAACGGGCCAGACCAGUGAAUUACCAUGAAAAGUACCACCCGCGAAGGGCCCGCUUCCCAGGGAUGUCUGUUUUGCUCUUUCUUCAGGAAAGCCUGGGACAGGAACGGUUGUUUAGAGUCUUGGAUUUCCUACAGCGUUCACCCUGGCAGGGUUUCCCUACCCAGCAUGCACAGGGGAGGCCUUGUUCUUAUCUCCCUGCCAAUCAGGAAUUCUACAGUCUGCACAACCAGAUGCCAGUGUGGGGCAUGAGGCCGGUGCACUGUGGCACCGAUAUCCUCAGGGUGACUCUGUACUGCAGCUUUGAUAACUACGAAGAUGCCAUCAGACUCUAUGAGAUGCUCCUACAGAGAGACGCCACUGUGCAAAAGAGCGACUUCUGUUUCUUUGUCCUCUAUGCCACUGAGGGCUUCAGCCUGCAGCUCUCUCUGAAGCAGCUGCCCCUGGGAAUGUCAGUAGACCCCAGAGAGUCUUCUGUGCUGCAGUUCAGGGUUCAAGAGAUCGGCCAGCUGGUGCCUCUUCUACCCAAUCCGUGUGUUCCCAUCAGCAGCACGAGGUGGCAGACUCAGGACUAUGAUGGUAACAAGAUUCUGCUGCAGGUCCAGCCAAAACCAGGACUUAAAAAUGGUGAGCAUCCCUUCCUGAACGGCUGCUUGAGAGGUGACAUGCAUCCACAGGACUCCACGCUGAACUCCAUGUCUACACAGAGAACCCUGGAGCCCAGGAGCCGGAGAAGGAGCAGGAGCCGGAGAUUCAAAGUACAUUCCCUGGAGCUUCCGCAACCCAGUGGGUCAUGGGAAAAGUCCAGCGACCCUUUGUGGAGAAGGCCUGGCUGGCACACCCUGGCUGACAGCUCCACGUCAGGCGUGCAGCAGUGCCGACUGUCUAUCCCCACUGAACCCAAGAUGGGAAUGAACACUCUUAGGGAAAAUGGCUUUGAGAAGCUGGAGGCGGAGACAGAUGUUGACACUGGCUUCACCACCAUUAGUUCUGAGCCCAGGCAAUCUUUUCUGAGCAGAUUUCCCAGGGAUUUUCAGAGCAGCCAACCACCAAGCUCCUUAGAGGUAGUGGCUUCCCCAAACCAAGGAGUCUUUAAGGAUAGACUCCGCCCUCUGUCACUUCUGAGUCAAAGGGACUUCGUGAAGAAGGUCAUCUCGAAACGUUCCCAUCAUCUGCCAGUCCAGGGUGAAGAGAAAGAAGAAUUCUUUAUAUAGCAUAAAACAAAUGUGUUUUUCUUUUUCUCUUUUAAAUAUUUUUAUUUUCUAUAUUCUUUGUUUACAUUCCAAAUGAUUUCCCCUUUCCCAGAUCCCCCCUCCCCAUAUGUCCCAUAAACCUUCUUCGCUCCAUCCAUUCUCCAAUCACCUCCCUCAUUUUUCUCUAUCCUUAUAUUCCCCUCCAAUGCUACAUCAAUCCUUUCCAGGAUCAGGACCCUCUCCAUACUUCUUCAUGGGAGUCAUUUGUUAUGCGAUUUGUGCCUUGGGUAUUCAGAGCUUCUGGGCUAAUUAAUAUCCACUUAUCAGAGAUUGCAUUCCAUGUGUAUUCUUUUGUGAUUGGGUUACCUCAUUUAGGAUGAUAUUUUCCAGAUCAAACCAUUUGCCUAAAAAUUUUGUGAAUUCAUUGUUUCUAAUUGCUGAGUAGUAUUCCAUUGUGUAAAUAUACCACAUUUUCUGUAUCCAUUCCUCCUUUGAGGGGCAUCUGGGUUCUUUCCAGCUUCUGGCUAUUAUAAAUAAGGCUGCUAUGAACAUAAUGGAGCAUGUGUCUUUAUUGCAUGCCGGGGAAUCCUUUGGGUAUAUGCCCAGGAGAGGUAUAGCAGGGUCCUCCGGAAGUGUCAUGUCCAGUUUUCUGAGGAAUCGCCAGACUGAUUUCCAAAGUGGUUGUACCAUCUUACAGCCCCACCAGCAGUGGAGGAGUGUUCAUCUUUCUCCACAUCCUUGCCAAUACCUGCUGUCUCCUGAGUUUUUGACCUUAGCCAUUCUGACUGGUGUAAAGUGAAAUCUCAGGGUUGUUUUGAUUUGCAUUUCCCUAAUGACUGAUGAUGUUGAGCACUUCUUAAGGUGCCUCUCAGCCAUCCGAAUUUCUUCAGGUGAAAAUUUUUUGUUUAGAUCUGUACCCCAUUUUUUAAUAGGGUUAUUUGGUUCCCUGGGGUCUAACUUCUUGAGUUCUUUGUA